AUGAUGAAAUUGGAAUCGGAUGACAAUGAUCAUGAUAUCGGAGUGAAAUUAAACAAAGAAUUGAGAAGAAGAAAGAUCAACGUGACGAAGGUUGUUUGUGCUUUUGGACUAGUACUAUUCCUUAUUACAGGUAAUUUUUCUUUCAUACAUAAACCGAUGAAAUUAUGGAAUUGCAUAGAUAAUUCAUCCGUCUAUGCUUUAGGUCCAAAUUCAAUUCCUAGUGGUGCUAAAUAUGCUCCAUCGGAAUUUGUUGAUAAUGGUUAUUUGAAAGAACCUUAUCUAAUUAUUGAUGGAAAUGAAAUUCCAGUUAGAGAUAUAAUUUCCUCUUCAUCUCAUAAUCUGUUUUUGACCUAUAAUAAUGAUAUUUAUGGAUGUGGACAUAAUGGAAGAAUGCAAAUGUACACAAAUUCAAAGAAAUCAUUUUCUGAUUUGGAAGAAGUUACAAAAUUAUCAAUUCCAAACGCUGGAAAUCCAAAGUUUAAACUUGCUUCUUCAGGAACUGAUUUUAGCAUUUGUAUUACAGAUGAUAACAAGAUGUUUGCAAGUGGAGUUAAUUAUUCGGGACAAUGUGGAAUUGGCUCUUCAAAACCUCAAUUCAUGGCCAUGAUAGACUAUGAGAGCCAGUUAUUAUCAUUAGAUCCAAAUUCUAAUUGUGAAAUUAUUGAAAUACAUUCAAACGAUAACUCUACAAUCUUCAGAACUAGUGAAGGGAAAUUGUAUGGAUUUGGAAACCAUUCUUAUGGAUGUUUUGGUUUGGGGGAGGAUAUCGAAAGAGAAAAUCAUGAAAUAUGUCGGGUUGGUAGUGGAUCAAAAGAAUUUAUGAAAGAAAAGUGUAUUUCCUUCUCAUGUGGAAUGUUCUUUGUUUGUGCUAUCACCGAAUCAAAUCAUUUAUAUGCAUUUGGAUAUAAUAAUUGUCAUCAAUUAUCAGCUAAGGAUUUGCACACUGUUUAUACACCUGUCAAGAUUAACUUGACUGAUUGUCUUUCCAAUAAUGCCAGUAAUAUUCCAGGUUACAGUGGGUUAGUUUCAUCAGUAGUAUGUGGAGGUUAUUCCACUUUUGCUCUUUCCAUGGACAAUAAGAUAUACAUAACAGGUUAUUUCAAAUCAGAUGACAUUAUCAAAAGUUUUAAAUGCUUGACAGAAUUUGAAUUGGAAAGCAAAACCCCAAUUCAAAUGAGUAACGGUGAUUUUCACUCUGCAAUUCUAGUCAAGUAUGAUUAUAUUUCACAUUUAUUCCCUAGACUAUCAACAUUGCUUCAAAUAGCUUACCUAAGUGAUGUUUGUUUUCAUUUUGAUUGUUGA